UCAAGGCAUCCUCCCCUCUCACCCACCUCCAGUAAGGGACUGUAAAAGAGAGCAGUUCUUUCUCUUGUUCUAUUGAUCCCUGAUGGAAUUGUCAUUGGGUAGGGGGGAGGCUGAGGGGUCCGGAAAGUUCAGCCCCUAACCUUUUAUCCUACCCCCCACUCAUACACUCGUGUGUGGAUGUGUCAGAGCACUGAGGAUGCAGUGACGCUGUGUUUCUGAAUUAUGCACACACCUCUUGUAAGGACUGGCUUCCCUGCAGCUUCUCUCAUCUCUGGUACCUUAACAGACCUGGAUGAAUACCCUUCCUCUUGGUUUAUAAUAUAACCCAUCCAUUCUGUCUCCCUCAAACACUGUAACCCUCAUUCAUAUCUCUUUGUGAACCCCACCAGCUGUACCGGGUUUUAAUUAAUGCAUUCCAACAGACUUUAAUCAUGGAUCUUCAGCAUCCAAGCAGAUUCAUAACAUUUGGUGUGUGGCUCUUUCUGGCUGGGACGGCUUGCAUAGAAACUAUAGGUUCUGAAGAUGCUGCUAAGACUCUACAUAUACACAGACAACAGCAGGACACGGUGCGGUGCUCACUAGCUCAAUCAGUGGCUCUCCCUUGCCUCUUUCUCUUGCAUCCCUCCCGCCCACCACAACCACCAAAUGAUACCUCAGAGUCACCACGUAUUAAGUGGAGCCGGCUACAGCCUGGAAUAGGUCAGAAAGAAGUGCCUGUCUUGGUAGCCCGUGAUAAUGUAGUAAAGGUGGCUCGUGGCUAUGAAGGGAGAGUGGCCCUGCCUGGAUAUCCCCACAAUCGUUAUAAUGCCACCUUGGUCCUGUCCUCAGCACGUGCCAGUGACUCUGGAGUAUAUCGCUGUGAAGUGAUCUUUGGCAUUGAUGAUGAACAAGAUGCAGUGCCACUGGAAGUGACUGGUCUGGUCUUCCAUUACCGGGCAGCUAGUAACCGUUACGCUCUGACAUUCCCUGAGGCUGUGCGCUCUUGUCAGGAGAACUCUGGUGUCAUUGCAAGCCCUGAGCAGCUGCAGGCUGCAUUUGAGGAUGGCUUGGAUAACUGUGAUGCAGGCUGGCUCUCAGAUCGUUCUGUGAGGUAUCCAAUCAAAACUCCUAGGCCUGGUUGCUAUGGAGACCGGAACAACCUCCCUGGUGUCAGGACCUAUGGAGAACGUGAUCUGCAGGAAACCUACGAUGUCUAUUGUUACACUGAGGGACCCGAGGGUGAUGUCUAUUAUGUUCCUGACAGGACCCCAUGGUUAGGGUCCAGUCACUCUUGUCUCCAAGAUGGAGGGAUGCUGGCUACUGUGGGACAGCUUUACUCAGCCUGGAGAAAAGGCAUGGACCAAUGUGACCCAGGCUGGCUAGCAGACAGUAGUGUGCGUUAUCCUAUUCGCAAUCCACGGAAGAACUGUGGUGGUGAGGAACCUGGAGUGAGAACCCUAUACCAGUAUCCAAACCGAACGGGAUUCCCCAAUCCUACUAGGAAGUUUGGGGCCUUUUGCUUUAAAGCUCUUCAAACAACAGCCCCCACCCUACUGGGAAAUAAACAACAAGGACCAGCUUUCAUGCUGCAAGAAGACCUCAGGCUGAUAAAUACAGAGCUUCAAAGUCAAGAGUCAGGGCAGACAAAAGAAUUGGAAUUUAAUAAUGCUUUGCCUUCUACUGACAGUUUAAUAUCUACUACAACACAUGGGGUAUUUCAAACGGAAGGUAGUUAUCCACAAAUACCUGGAAGCUCAAAAGAAAUUGCAAAGGAGAUCAAUGUUUUGCCUCCAAAGCAGGUCCUUCAGGUUUCAUCUAAAGAACACAUACAGACUGUUACCACAGAACCAAUGGAAGGUGAUUACUUACUUUCUUUUAGGACCGAAACCUUAACUUCUGGGACAAUUAAAGAGAUAAAAACAACAACUCAAAAAGUAGGACAGGCAAAAUCAUUUAGUGAUCCCUUAAGGAAUAAAUCUAGACAGCCUUCUGCUUCCCGGUUAAGAGAGGAAGACUGGUCCUUAAAUAUUGUAGACAGAGAAGUAAAAUCAAGGGAAGCCACAUGGAGGGAUUUUCUUGAGCAACCAGUCGCAGAUUCAAAAGAAGAACUUCCAGGUUUUGACUAUUCUGUGGAUAAGCAAACCUUAGUCAAUGAACCCAGAUCUCUUCCUGAGGAUGACAGAAACUCUUUGCAUAUAUCAUUAGAUGGCAGAGGUUCAGUGUUCCAAGAAACAGAUGCUUUAAAUAACAUUGCAACGUCAGCCAUACCUGAAACAUCUAAACCUUCAAUAUAUUUUCCCAAAAGUUCACAAGAAAAUAGUAUAUCAUCACACCAAUCCAGUCUAUUUAAAGAGCCCAACCAACACAGUAAAAUAAGGCUUACUGAAGAUACAGGCUACAGUGACCAGAAUAUCCAUGAAGGGCUACAGAAAAAUGAAAAAAGGGUGAAUGACAAUGAGGAAAAUGUUGAUUCACAAAUCCAUCUUGUCUAUGAUGAAAUGCAGAAGACUAAUGUUGAUCUGACUACACAGGCAUUUCAAAGAUCGACUCUGCAUACAUCGGAGGAGUCACAGUCUGUGUUUAAUGAAGCUGAUGGCACCACUGGCAAAAAGACAAGUCUGAAUGAACAGAAAGAAGACAAGGAAAUGGACAGCCUGACAUCAUUUGCAACUCAUUUGGAUGUUAAUGAUGAUAUUAAUAAGCCUGAACAGCAAGAAUUUACUGAUAUAUUCAGCAACCAUCCAACGAUGGACCCAAUGGGCAAUGGACAGCUGGAAAGCUACUACAGGGCAAUGCUUGGUGUAAACCAAAUUUCUCCUAUUGAUGUACAAGAUCUUCCACAGGCUGUCACUGUUCCUGGCAUGGAAGGUAAUUCUUUGCAAAGCACCACAAGUUCCAAACAAAAAAGUAUUUGGAGACACCCAGGAAAUAUGAGCAAGAAUGCUUUUGUUGACAAGAAAUCACCAAAUGGCAGUUAUGGCAGAACUGCUGAAAUGACUGUUAAUAUUCCAUCCAAAACUGAGAUUCUGCCAACACCAGAAAACAUUGACAGUUUCUCAGGAGAUUCAAAGGAGAGAGAUGAGAAUAAUUUGUUUCUUUUAAAUUCCCCGGCAUUACCAAAGCCUUCUGUUGUAACAAAGAUCUCUGAUGACUUUUAUUUCCCAACUGUAGACCAUUCCAACACUGAAGCAAAAUCCAUUUUGAGGGACAGAACGAUUAAGUUGGAUGAGAAUGAGGAGCAAUAUCCUAGUUUCCAAGAAAGACAAGGCAAAGAAAGGACCUUCUCUGCUAAGCUGGCAUCCACUUUCAAAAAAAUAAUGGCUCAAUUAGAAACAAAGGAGGUUAUCUCGAAGGAGCUUAAUGUCUCAGAUGCAAGUAUUUCUGACAGUGCCUUUAGGAAACAUGAACCUGCCAUGCUAAACACAGUGCAUCCACCUGAUGAUGACAGCUAUUCCCCAGAGGAAAAAGUGAAAACAGCAGAAAUGACAACUCAGUAUUUGAUCAACAUGACUAGUAUACAGAAUACUGAGUUAGAAGGGUGGAGAAUGGACAAAGCUUUGUCAAAGCCAUCAUUUCCAUUUACUACAGACAUGGCAAUGAACUCGGAUAACCUACAGAAACCUACACACAGUACAGAGAGAGUGGAACUUAUUAUGACCACUGAAAACCCUAGAAACAAGAAUGUUACCUCUUUCAAUCUUCCAAAGCAUCAAACUUCUGUCAGUGCGUUACAGCUCAGUCCAGGCGAUGGUCAGAAUUAUUCAGAAUUUAGGAAUCAGACAAAACCAAUCUCGCCACAAGAUUCCAAUAAAACUGUUGCCGCUGAUGAGUAUUUGGUAGAACUAGUAGACAAGACACGUAGGUUGAGUACAGCUGCAGAGAACAAAAUUAAGCUUGCACAGCAAACUAGCAACUCAUUUCCAACACCCAAUUUAAUUACUGCGAGCACCAGCUUUGAAGAAGAUGCUUUUGGAACAUCAUUAUCUUCUACAAUUGUUCAGCCAAAUACAGCACCAACAGAAUCUGCCUUUGAUGGGUUGGCAUCAGUACUUAAUAAUAAUUACGGUGAGCAAGCCUCCCCUCCAACUGUAACGUUUGGAUAUGAAACAGGCUACAAUGGGCAUGUUUCCAUCUCACCAUCUCAGAAAGAGGAGCAAUCCACCUUAGAUUCAGUAAUAGAAUACCCAGUAAACACAGAAACAUCUGAAAUAGAAGAGGAAGCAGUUCAUGAAAAAGACCUGGGAAGUGGAUUAGAUGAAGAUAGUUCCCUAUGGAUGAUUGAAGAUCACACAAGCACGCAAGGUGAACCUCAGCCUUGCUCGCAUAACCCAUGCUUGCACAUGGGAACUUGCCAGUCCAAUGGCAGCACAUAUAGCUGUAUCUGCCACAAAGGCUAUUCUGGGGAGAACUGUGAAAUUGAUAUUGAUGAAUGUCUGUCCAACCCCUGCCAGAAUGGAGGUACCUGUAUUGAUGAAAUCAACUCUUUCUUGUGUUUGUGUCUGCCAAGCUAUGGAGGAAGCACAUGUGGGAAAGAUACAGAGGGUUGUGACCAUAAUUGGCACAAGUUCCAGGGCUCCUGUUAUCGCUAUUUUCCCCAGCGGAGGCCUUGGGAGGAGGCAGAGAGGGACUGUCGGCGCCGGGCUGGACACCUGACCAGCAUUCAUUCACCAGAGGAGCAAACCUUCAUCAAUAGUUUUGGGCGUGAGAACACAUGGGUUGGCUUGAAUGACAGAACAGUGGAGCAGGAUUUCCAGUGGACAGACAAUACUGCUUUGCAAUAUGAGAACUGGAAGAAUAAUCAGCCUGAUAAUUUCUUUUCUGGAGGAGAAGACUGUGUGGUUAUGGUUUCACAUGAGGAGGGCAAGUGGAAUGAUGUCCCAUGUAACUACAAUUUACCUUAUAUUUGCAAGAAAGGGACUGUCCUCUGUAAUUCCCCUCCUGCAGUAAAGAAUGGUUAUCUUAUUGGCAAAAAGCGAGAGAAGUACAGCAUCCACUCUACUGUAAGGUAUCAGUGCCAGGACGGCUUUAUCCAAAGGCACAUCCCAACAAUCAGAUGUCAUCGCAAUGGGCGGUGGGACCGACCACGGAUCCAAUGUGUCAAGCCCAGAAGACAUCAUAGGGCACGGAGACACCAUCAUCAACAUGGACAUCACCCACACAAGCAACAUCAUCACCACAAACACAAUCACCACAAUCAUCAUCACCACCACCAACACAAGUCCCACCGAGAAAGGAGGAAAGAAGAUCAUCACCAACAUGGAAAUACGAAGGACAUUUAUUAUCACUGACCUCCUCCGCUUCCUGUACAUUCCACCUAUUACUGACAAACCCAAUAAUUCUAAAGAUACGUUCUAUGCUGGGAACAAUGCUCAAAGCUUUCCAAGCAGAAGGCGUAUUAAUAUUCACAUUCACUAUUAAAUGUAAGGUUUUUAAUACUUAUUAAAUGUCUGGGUUGUGAAUCAGCAACACAUUUAUGAUGGGGAAACAAAACCAGCAAUCUCCCAAAUAAUUUUGGUAUUAUGUUUGUGUGUAGUCUUGCUCCUAAUACAAAUAAUAAUCUCUAUCCAAAAGACUUUUGGGAAGUCUAGAAAACUGGGUCAUUAAUUGGCAAACAGUGAUGUGGGCUGCUAAAAAAGAAAAAACAUCCUCAUAUAAUUGAGAAAAGAACAGGGCCCCUAUAUGGACUUCACAGUAGCAACUACUUCAUUUGGCCUUUUUAUGUCAAAAAAGAAGUCUGUUCUCAGCAUAAAAAAUGUACUUAUGGGAAUCACAGAACCUGUAGACAUUUAAAGCAUCUACUUUGUGUUUGUAAAGUAUGAAACAAAGUUGGCAGUUCAAGAACAAUCUUGUACCAGCACAGUUGUUGUCAAUGGUUUAAAUAAUCCAUAAUAGUACAAGGUUUUUGGUUAAUCAUCCGCAUUUCAAUAAAAAUGGGAAUGGUACUAUCCUAAUCCAAGGAAUGCUGUCUAGUAGAUUGUAAUCUUGUAGAGUGCCCUCAUCCUAUUGAAAAAAUGGUGACAGCAUUGAGUGUAGCACAACACUAGUGUAUAAUGCUGGGGUGCAUGUACUGUAGAUAAGUAUUUAUCUCCCAAUCUAGUAUUAGCCUCAGCAAAUCUGUAUUGCUCAGCAAACACAUAUUUUUCCCAGCUGCCACUUGAUUGCUUGUGGUCUCACAUAGGAGAAUAUGCUGAUGAAAGUUUUCAGUAUUAAUAUUGGGCUUUAACAUAAAAAAGUUGUGUGUGCAAAAAUUUCUCUAAGAGGCCUUGUAAAAAGUCAAGAGAACGUAUUGUUGUCAGCUCGUACUCAUAUCGUUGUAAGAUUCCCAUGCUCCCAUGCUGUAGCUAUGACAAUGUAAGCAAGGUUUAUAAAGGGGAAGUAAGGGUGGGAGGGGACACACAUCUCUAGUUUUGGUAUUAUUUGUUAGUAUAAAAUGUAGUGUGGUUUUGUGGUAGGAAUUUUAAUACCCUGUACCUUGCUUAUCCUCAUUGCUAAGAAUUUGUUUAAGUUGCGUGAGUGUGUGCCUGUUUCGCUAAGAGUGAUCUUAGUGUAAGAGUGAGAAAGAAUGCAAGAAUGCAUCAACUUAAAUUCAGCCAAUGCCACUUAUUUGGUGCAUCUGGUUAUUGCAUCUGAACCUGUCAAUACCUUCAAAAAUACUUGACCAAUUUAACCCAAAAGGCUACUGCUUUCCAAAUGUCUUUAUUCAUUCAGCACAAAUGCCAGUAAAAAGCAGUAUCAUUGCCUUAUUUGGUGUGAAAGUCAUUUUAUCAGUGUCACUAAGCUUACGGCAAGCUGUAAUUAUACACCUUUCAGUGAUCCGUUCUGUAUAUCUGUAAAAUAGUUCCUCAAAGGAGUUGUUUGCCUUUAAAUCAACUUUUAGAAUGGUGUAGAGUGAUAUUCAAUUUGCAACUGAUCUUCAUUUUUUUUUAUUAUGUGUUAUUUAUAUGUUUAUUUAACUGUGUGUUCAGCAGCUCUCUAGUUUGAAACUUCAGAAGCUAUCUGGUUUUUAGCAUCCAAGCUUCCUUAGCAACCAAGCAGUAGUGUGAAUGGGAGACUGGCAUAUGAAUAGGAGUGGCCUAUAUAGAAAUAUAAAUAA